CAAGGAGUUUUAAGGAGCUUCACUCUCCUGGCCAGCUGGUUUGGGGGAGGGCUGGCUUGGUUCCUGCUGCUCCUCUUUGUUUUCCUUUUGCUGCUUUUCCCUGAAGUUUUUCCUUCUCGCCUUCCUGCUCCUGGAGCUGAGAGUGGUCGAGGAAUGGCCGCAGCGGGAGAGUGACCGUGUGUUGGGGUCAGCCCAAAGGCUCGGGGCACUGAUGGCGUGUGCUCCCUGCUUGCAAGCCUUGGAGGACCAUAUGUUCCUGCAGUGACAUGGAAUGUCAGUGAUUUGGAAACAAAUCCCUGAGUUUAUAAUCCUCAACUCUCAUUUUCAGCCAGUCAUUUUUUUCUGACUCCUCCGAAUUCAGAGUUUUGACACCAGCCCGUCUUGCAGAGGCCCCUUAUGGCCUCUCAUGGUUCCAGUGGGAUUUGUCCCUCUUGUGCCCCUGAGCUCCGUGGUCUCUUGGGUGGAGGAUACGUGUCUGGCUUUGCUGUAGGGUGGUGUUGGUCCUGGAGGGGGGCAGAGGAGGAGGGCAGCCUGCCAGGAUUUACAGUAGUCAGGAAAGCAGCAGGAGCGAAGCUCUCAAACUGUACAAGCUAAUUGGAAAGCCUCCAUUAGGAAAAAAGAAAAGGAAAAUAAAGAAGGGGAAAAAAACGUUGAGCAAGCUAUUACAAAAUAUCCUGGACUCCAACACAACAACUUGCAUCCUCCAAACCAGGUGAUUUAUUUAUGUUUUUCCUUCGGUCCCCAUCAGGAGGGGGAAGGACGUGGAGAAGGGUUGAGGCAGUGGGGGUUAAGAAAGUCUGACGAGCAAGUGUCCUCCCUGCAACACUGCCAUACUGUGCCUGAGCAGCGCAGUGGCUCUUGCAAAGGAAGCUUUUCACAACUUGUCCUUGUUCCAAGGAUGAGGAAACCUCCAGCUCUUCUGGCAUUUUCUCUCUGUCAUAAGUCAGAGCUGCUUUCACCUGUGAAGUAUGAUCAGCACAGACAGGGAGAGGGCUGGAAUGGAGUGGGGCUCUGAGCAACAUUGCAAGGCUUUUCAUGGAGUUCUUGGUGUUAAAUGAAGAACAUUUCCCCUCCUCCUCUCCUCGCUUUCCUGUGUGCCUGCAAAAAUACUCUGGUUUGCAUUUAAAGGAGAAAACUGUAUGUGCUGGGACUAAGCCAACUUGUUUAUUUAAGGGAAAUACCAUAUUUCCAACCCCUUCUCUCACAGAGGAAGGCUCGGCAGAGGAUGGCAGACUGGGCUGGGGAUUAUAUUUUUAGGUAUCAUCGAAGCACAGUUGUGAUUCGAAGAAGCUAAAAAUCAUGGCUGGCAUUUUGCAUCGAACCCUGCGAGUUCCUCCUCCCCACAGCCCCCACAGGGGUUAACCUCUCCCUCCAAAGCACGUGGAUUUUCACCUAAAUCAAGGAACAAAUAAGGAGAAAACAGAAACAAAAACCAUCAGAAAAAACAACCAACCCAUCACCAUCACCCUCCAGGCUUCUACUUUCCCAUGCUUUCGCCGUUUGCCUGCCCCCAAGGGGGUGUUUGUGGCGGGGGCCGGGGCUCUGGGCAGGGACACGGGCCCUGUGUCCCUGUCAAAAGAUGGCAGGUCCGUGUGUCCGUAAACAAUGCGGUUAUGAAAUGGCAGCGCGGCCGCGCUGAGCAUGCUCGGGAGCUGCCUGUAGGGGGAGGCGAGCCAGAAAGAUGAUCUAAUUCCGUGCAAUUCUUGGGAUUGAAGGAAAAGACCAGGCUCCACUCUUAAUGACAGAGCAGAAAAACCAGGCCCCACGCCGGGGACGAAGCCCGUAGGCCAUGGAGGAGAGGGUGUGAGGAUCUCCCACCUCCAGGACUUCGGGUGCUGGGCAGCGCUGUGUCGCUUUCUCGCCCUCCAGCAGAGUAAGGCCUUGCGAGCAGUGCUGAGUAAGGGAGAGCCAAGGAAAGACGGCUGCAUGAAGACUGAGCUGCUGAAAGACAUCACCAACAACAAAGAGGAAGGGUUUAAUGCCAUGGCUGCAGAUGAAAGCGCUACAGAAAAGCAAGUGGGGGAACCAAAAAUGGCAGUAGACGGUGAAACCAACGGUUCCUGUGAGCACAGCGAGGGUGGGGGCCACCCAAACCCAGCGAAAAACACUCAGGACAACACGAAAGUGAGCCAGCAGGACUCUUCUACUAAAUUAAAUAGGAUAGCAGAAAAUGGCAUUUCGGACAGCGAGCCUGGGAAGCAAAACCAUCUGAAAGCAAAUGACUUCACACAGACUUCUGUCACAGGGAGCAAUGGAUAUAUCCUAACCAAGCAGAUGGCACAGGAGCAGCCUCUAAGGACUACCAGCUUUGCUUCUCUCACUGGCCAUGCUGCAAAAACGCUGCCUGGAGGAGCAGGCAAAGGCAGGACUGUGGGCUCCUUUGCCCAGCUCCAAGCCACGAUGCCAAGCAAGCUCGGGGAGGGCAGUAAGGACACGGAUGCUAAAAAAGGCCCUGCUGCUAACGCUGAAGUCAAGGUCCACCGAGCACGGAAGACAAUGCCUAAACCCACCCCCAGCCUGGAAUUGCUUCCUGAAUUGGGAUCGAAGCUGAAUCUGAAACAGCAUGCAAGUAAAGACCCCAAAGAUGGGAGAGACAGCAGAGAUCAGAAGGAAUCCAAGGAGAAGGAGUUUGAGAACAUGCUGGACUUCGUGAAGCCGUUGUCGUUGCCCUCUCUCCCGGGCCUUCACCAGUCACUACCUCAGAACCAGAGCUAUGUGGCCACCACCAAGUCACAGACAGCUGCUGCAGUAUCUCGGAAGAAAAAACGGAGAAUGGGAACCUAUAGCCUGGUUCCCAAGAAAAAGACCAAAGUGUUAAAACAGAGAACAAUGAUAGAGAUGUUCAAGAGCAUAACUCAUUCCUCUGUGGGUGCCAAGAGUGACAAGGAGCUGGGGGAUGGCAGCCCCCACGUGAACGGGGAAAGCAUAGAUGUGGACUCUGAGGAGGAGGACUCGGAUGAGUUGGAAGAGGAAGAUGAUCAUGGAGCAGAUCAGGCAGCCAUGUUCCCUGUGGAUGACAACAGGACCUCCAAGGACAGCGCGUCUGACGCAGACAACGCCAGGAAGAUCGAUGAUGGCGAGUCUGAGGAAGAGCAAGAGUCUGUAGAAUCAGGGGAGGAGGAGGAGGAUGGAGACGAGUCUGAUUUGAGCUCGGAGUCCAGUGUCAAGAAGAAGCUGCUGAAGAGGAAAGGGAAGACAGACAGUCCAUGGCUGAAACCCACCCGCAAGAGGAGGCGGAGGAAUAAAAAGAAACAAGGAGGUGUGCUAGGUGCUGAAGCCUACAAACCCUCGCUGGGCAGCAGGGAGGGCCCCAGCCAGGACAACAGCAUGGAGUACAUGGAGGUGUCCCUGGAUUCCCUGGACCUCCGGGUGAAGGGGAUCCUGUCCUCACCAGCGGGAGGUCUCUCCAAUGGCCCUGAAGCCAUGGAAGUGGAUGGUCUGCAGGAAGUGCCCCUGUGCAGCUGUCGAAUGGAAACCCCCAAAAGCAGAGAGAUCACCACGUUAGCCAACAACCAGUGCAUGGCCACGGAGAGCGUGGACAACGAGCUGGGCCGAUGCACAAACAGUGUGGUUAAGUAUGAACUGAUGCGCCCGUCUAACAAAGUCCAGCUUUUGGUGCUGUGUGAGGACCAUAGAGGGAGGAUGGUGAAACACCAGUGUUGCCCUGGCUGUGGAUACUUUUGCACUGCAGGCACUUUCAUGGAGUGUCAGCCCGAGAGCAGCAUCUCCCACCGCUUCCACAAGAGCUGUGCCUCGCAGGUGAACGACACCAGCUACUGCCCUCACUGCGGGGAGGAGGCCUCCAAGGCCAAGGAGGUGACAAUAGCCAAGGCUGACACCACCUCCACGGUGUCCCUGAGCUACGAGCAGCAGAAACCCGCGGCUGUGGAGGGCAGGGCCGACACCACCACGGGGAGUGGCACUGGGACAAGGUUGUCAGAGGAAGACAAGCCAGAAAGUUCGGCUGCUGAAGGGUUUGACAUCCCUGGGUCUUCAGUUUUCCCAAAGCCUACUACUAGCUUGACCCAGGGACCAGUGAAGGAAACUCUGGAAAGUGCCCUGAUUGCCCUGGACUCUGAAAAGCCCAAGAAGCUGCGGUUCCACCCGAAGCAGCUGUACUUCUCUGCCAGGCAAGGGGAGCUGCAGAAGGUCCUGCUGAUGUUGGUGGAUGGAAUUGACCCUAAUUUUAAAAUGGAGCAUCAGAGUAAGAGAACCCCUCUCCAUGCUGCUGCCGAGUCUGGCCACGUGGACAUCUGCCACAUGCUCAUUCAGGCUGGUGCUAACAUUGACACCUGCUCUGAGGACCAGAGGACCCCGCUGAUGGAAGCAGCAGAAAACAACCACCUGGAAACUGUGAAAUACCUGAUCAAGGCUGGAGCACUAGUAGAUCCCAAGGAUGCUGAGGGCUCCACGUGUCUGCACUUGGCAGCCAAGAAGGGGCACUAUGACGUGGUGCAGUACCUGCUCUCCAACGGCAAGAUGGAUGUCAACUGCCAGGAUGACGGUGGCUGGACGCCGAUGAUCUGGGCCACGGAGUACAAACACAUCGAGCUGGUGAAGCUGCUGCUGGCCAAGGGCUCGGACAUCAACAUCCGGGACAACGAGGAAAACAUUUGUUUGCACUGGGCUGCUUUUUCUGGCUGUGUUGACAUAGCUGAGAUCCUGCUGGCAGCAAAGUGUGACCUGCACGCCGUGAACAUCCACGGGGACUCGCCCCUGCACAUCGCGGCGCGAGAGAACCGCUACGAGUGUGUGGUUCUCUUUCUUUCCCGUGGCUCGGAUGUCACUUUAAAGAACAAGGAGGGUGAGACCCCGCUCCAGUGCUCCAGCCUUAACUCUCAGGUCUGGGUGGCCCUACAGAUGAACAAGACUCUCAAAGAAUCAUCUUCUGAGAAGCCUGCCCAGAUAGAGAAGGUGGUGAGCAGAGACAUUGCCCGGGGCUACGAGCGGAUCCCCAUCCCCUGCGUCAAUUCCGUGGACAGCGAGCCCUGUCCCAGCAAUUACAAAUACGUGUCACAGAACUGUGUCACCUCCCCGAUGGACAUUGACAGGAACAUCACUCAUUUACAGUAUUGUGUCUGUAUAGACGACUGCUCCUCCAGUAACUGCAUGUGUGGCCAGCUCAGCAUGCGCUGCUGGUAUGACAAGGAUGGCCGACUCCUGCCCGAGUUCAACAUGGCUGAGCCCCCCCUGAUCUUCGAGUGCAACCACGCGUGCUCGUGCUGGAGAACCUGCAGGAACCGGGUGGUGCAGAACGGCCUCAGGACUCGGUUGCAGCUUUACCGGACACAAAAGAUGGGCUGGGGAGUGCGGACGAUGCAGGACAUUCCUCUGGGAACCUUCGUGUGCGAGUAUGUUGGGGAGCUGAUCUCCGACUCCGAGGCCGAUGUCCGUGAGGAGGACUCCUACCUCUUUGACCUGGACAACAAGGAUGGAGAGGUUUACUGCAUCGAUGCCCGUUUCUAUGGCAACAUCAGCCGCUUCAUCAACCACCUGUGCGAGCCCAACCUCAUCCCGGUGCGGGUGUUCAUGUCCCACCAGGACCUGCGCUUCCCCCGCAUCGCCUUCUUCAGCACCAGGCACAUAGAGGCUGGAGAGGAGAUCGGCUUCGACUACGGGGACAGGUUCUGGGACAUCAAAGGCAAAUUCUUCAGCUGUCAGUGCGGUUCACCCAAGUGCAAACACUCGAGCUCGGCGCUGGCCCAGCGGCAGGCGAGCACCUCGGCCCAGGACACGCAGGAGAACGGGCUGCCCGACACCAGCUCCGCCGCCGCCGCCGGCCCCUUCUGACACGGACUCCUCCCAACCCCAGACAUUCACACACUGUCGCAGUUUCCAUUUAAACAGAAAGAAGAGAGAGAUAAAAAAAUGACACAAAACCACACGGAAAAUUAAAAACAAAACAAAAAAACAAAACCAAAAAAAAAAGGAAAAAAAGAAAAAAAAAAGAAAAAAAACCCCGCUCAAGGAAAGCCAAGGGUUUGUGACACUUAGGGCUGUGCCACCGACUGUUACUUGAGGAAGGAGUGAAAGCAAAUCCCACCUCCGUGAUGUUGUUCUCCCCUCCCUGCUCCUGGAAAGCUGCUGGGUUUCACAGCUGUGUGUGCAGGGGUGGCUGUUGCAUUUUUUUUGCCACCCGAGCUGUCCUGGCCUCCUCUCUGAACGUGCUGAGUGUUGUCAGAGCCAGGGAGAGCCGCCCGUCCUCGGAAUGCCGCUGUGUCCUGGACCCCUCCUGCCCACUCACCUCCAGUUCAGCCACAAGAAACUCUGGAUACUUGAUGGGACUUUGUUUGUGGAGGGAGCUGGCUCUGGGUUUGCUUGGCACAGCCCCGGGGCAGGUUGUGCUGGUUGUUUUUUUGUUGGUUUGGUUGGUUUUUUGGUUGGUUGGUUGGUUUUUUGUUUGUUUUUGUUUUUUUUUAAAUAUAUGAAUGAAUAAUUCCUCCCCCAUCUCGCAGGACGUUGUGGUGGGGCCCUACAAAUACCCUCAAUUCUCUCCAAACCCCACAGCUUUUUUCUCAUCUGAUGAGAAGAAUCCCAGAGUCUCUCCAGUUCCUGUGAUCCCUGGCUCUCUCCCUCCUGGAUUUUCUCCAUUCAAACCAGCUCUGCUCCACGCCCUGCUCCUGUCUCAGUGUUGAGUUCCUCCGUGAAGGAAUUCCCCUCACCCCAUCCCACGAGUGGUUUUAGAGAGAGAAGGCUGAAGAGGAUUUUACAAGACACUAAUUCCUAAAGAAAACCAGUUUCCCCCCCCCUUUUUUUAAAGAUAAAGUGAAUGAUAUAUAUAUUAUAGAGGACCUGGACUGGCUGGGGUGGACAGAGGUGUCACGGUGAGAAGAUCCCAGAUGCCACCAGCUCGUCUGUUCCCAUCCCUUUGCUCCACGCUGGGCACCUUGGAUUGAUUUUUAAGCCACACGCUAUGAGGUUUCAAUAAACUGAUUUAUUUUUUACCAUUAUUGAAACAUCGGGGACAAGCAUUAAAAACAUGAGAAAAAAAAAAA